UUAUUACAAUACACAAUCGGUAUUGAAAUUGUGUUUCAAAUACAUGUGCUCAUUAGAUAAAUUCUCAAUAUCUAUGUGAAAAUAAGGGUUGUGUUUUGUAUGAUUGCAACACUGUGAGUUGCUCUCAUUAGUGACAAAUGACUGAAACAAUAGGAAUUCGUACGUGACUUGGAUAGACAAAACGACAGUUAGGGCAGAAUCAUGGAUAGACUAGCAGACGAGUUACGUGAUUUUUCUCUCCGCCUGUCACAUGUCCUGGAUGAUAUAGGAGUGAAUGAGAGGACAGUUAUGAUGAGGAGAAGUACGGGACUUCUAACGGAAAGUUUAUAUACACAAGAACAUUUUGUCAACAAAAAUGGCCGUUCAACAUAUUUUCAUUUUGGCAGUCAAACAGAGGGAACUACUACAUUAGGACUUAAAUCAGAUACUGAUACAUUAGUUUGCGACAACAGGUGCAAUAUAAUACAAGACUGGGGUCAAUGGGAGCAAGGUAAAGAAAACUUACUGAUGCUUCGGGACAAUGUAGCACCAGGUUAUUGUAGACUUCAGCUGUUAAGGUCAGAUAUUCCUGUAGCAUGGGAAGAUUUACCUGGUGAUCACUUUGAAUAUGAUGAUGAGGGGCGAGUGCUGAUGAAAAAUACAACUUUAAAUUCUGGUCUAUUACCUGGAUUGAUACGACAUGGUCCUUCUUCAUCAGAUGAAAAUAUAAACGCUGAUUAUGUACCUGGUCUCCCUAGUAAAAACUGGCCAACCGAAGCUUUACCAUGGGUAACAAGAACUACAGCAGACCAGUGGCCUGGUAGGAAAACUAAGUGUUUUGCAGUAAACAGUGGAUGUUUUGUUGUGCCUACUGGACACUGCUUGAGUGAAACUGAAAGACUAGAAUGGAGAAUAUCUACGUCUAUAGCAGAACGCUGCCUGAUGUUCAACAUGAAUAUUACUCAAAUCAGAUGUUACGUUGUACUAAAAAUGAUAAUGAAAACAUUUCUAAAUGGAAUUGUGACAAGCUAUCAAUGUAAAACUGUUUUAAUGCAUUUAGUUGAAAUAACAAACUCGCAACUAUGGAGAGAGGAAAAUCUUAUUUCUUGUAUUAUAAUGAGUUUGCGACUUCUGCAAUUAUGCGUAUUCAUAAAUAAUUGUCCGCAUUAUUUCAUUCCAGAAAAUAACUUACUAGAUGGGCGAUUGAAUCUAGAAACGAGACAAAAUAUAGUGUUCAUGAUAGGAAAUAUAAUUGACAGUAAAUGUAUCGCAAUUUUAGGUAUAGAAAUGGAUAAUAUAGGCGACCGACUUUAUGCGAUAUGCAAUCCGUUCAUUAGGAGGAAUAGUAUUUAUUUUAUGUCUCCAAAAGAUGUUUGUCUGAAUGUAUACAACCGGCUACAAUAUGACUUGUAUCGUGAAAUUCAUACAUCAUUUCAGGACAUAGUAAAUGGUUUAGAUAAUCAUACUCAUAUUAUGAAUUGUAAUGAUAUGAAAGAUCGUAUUCGGAAUGUUUUGAAAUUUCGCGCAAACGGUAGCUGCUCUGAACGUGCUGCAGCCGAAGUGUUAGCACCUUUACUAUGUACAACAUUAGGUACAAAGUUAGCAUCUGCUGACAUAUCACGUGGUCGGUGUAUUUCUGCUGAAUCAUUACAAUGGCUGUCGUUAGGUAUUGACUCUGAUGUGGCAUCCGGUCGUCUGAAACUAGCGUCUGCUCUAUUCUGUUCUGGAAGUAUAGGCAAGGCGUCAAUGAUUCUUAAUGAUGUGGAACAAAAAUAUGAUACCAGAGUUACUGAACCGAUGUGUCGUUGCAUGAGUACAGGUGUUCUUGGAAACAUGAGCAGCUUAAGGUUAUCGGAAAACUGUUUCUUAUGCUAUAAUUACAAAACAACAUUGAAUAUAAAUGUUGCAUUUGGGGUUGUAUUCACCCGACAGGAAAUACAUUGUGUUCCCAAUGCUCUGAAGUAUGAAAUGUUCAGAUGUCCAGAAGAAGAACGCCGGACCAGAGAUGAGGACAUGGACUUCUGGAUGGACUGGGCAGUCGUUGAUUCACUUCCAUACUUAUACUACCUACAGUAUAUGACAUAUAGAAGACUUGACAAUCGUGCUGGUCAGCAGAGAGUUCUAGGCAGACUGAUUCAUACAAUUAAUACUGAGCCCCGCCUCCAUCACAGGGAAACAGCACUGAAUUUACUAGGUCAGUGUAUGGAGAUUGAGGAUAGAUUAAUGGACGCAUUCACUUGUUACAGAAGGUCACUGAACUUGAAAUCGACCAAUAAUGUCGCCAGAUGGCAUAUUGUAAAGCUGCUUUACAGGUUUUUCGUAAAGGAAUAGAAGCAGAACAUUUAAGAUUAUACUGGAUUAUUGUAUAAGCAGAAACUUUUCUUACAUUUGAUUAAAGGAAUAAUAAAACAAUCUUUUGACCUCUA